AUGGCAAGCGAGAAGAACAAGUGGACUCCGACUGUAUUGUCGUCUUCUGGACGCGUACCAAUGAGUCCGUACACGGCGUCGACGGUACUUAACAACUCGUUGACAUCCGUAUCUUCUAGCUUUACUUCUUCUCAUCUCCAUGAGCCGCUAGCGCCGCCGCUUAACUCGUUCACUAGCGCCAGUACUACUAACAAGGCGCUCACGCCAAAUCGUCAGCUAGGCGAGUUGCUACGCUCUAUUGACCCCAAAUUUUGCUUACAUCCAGCAGUGGAGGAGCUAUUACUGGAUAUGGCGUCGGACUUUGUAAAGGAUGUAGUGGAUUUUUCGGGUAAAUUGGCCAAGCACAGACGCUCUACGACGCUGGAACCGCGUGAUCUGCAGUUCUGUUUGGCCAAGAACUAUGGCAUUUCUUUAGCUGGUGUUCUCCCUACGACGGCUACUGGAUCCAUGACGACUUUAUCUUUGAGACCAUUGGGUCAUGAUCUGCUGGUACGUCCACGUCCCGCGAAGAAUUCGCUGCACAUGCAUCGGAUGGCGCUAAAGCGCAAGUCGCUGCUGCAUACGAAAACAAAGCUGAAAAACUCACAUGCAGUGAAAGCAACUGAAGGUGGCAAGAAGGUGGUGCGCAAGGCUAGUAUCAGCAAGUAG